ACACGUCAUUUGUUUAUACAUGUUGCAAUGGCGACAAUAACAGAGUUGAAAUGCGCUCUGAGGGAGACGUUGGAAUCGCGAGGUGUGUUGGGCCAGCUGAAGGCGCGUAUCAGAGCCGAGGUGUUCAACGCGCUGGAUGAUGAGAGCGAGCCGCGUCCCACGCUAUCGCACGAGAAUCUACUCAUCAAUGAGUUAAUCCGCGAGUAUCUGGAAUUCAACAAAUAUCGAUACACCGCGUCAGUUUUGACAGCAGAAUCUGGUCAACCUGAAAUACCCCUAGACAGAGAGUUCAUGGCUAAUGAGUUGAAAGUGGUGGAGGAUCCCAGUGCCAGAUCAGUGCCUCUGUUGUACGGUCUACUGUCCCACUUCCUGGGUGGCAGUGAAGACAGAGGGGGGAAGCGGUUUCUGAGGGGCUCAGCAUCUGCAGCGGCCUCUACUGUGACAGGGACCUAACCCCCCCCCCCAACCUGUGGUCCAAAGUCUUCAGGUUUCCAUCACUAUACAUUGGACUGGACCUGAGAUACGGAACAGUAAAUGUCAAGAAAGCCUUAAUUGUGUGUGUUCAUGUUGCUUCCCUAAGUGUCUCACAAUGUAGUCAGUUCUCCUCUGCUGCAUACCUGUACAUAGAACGCUCUUGGUUUUUGCAAAAAGUGUACAGUCUUAUUUUUAUUAAAGCAUUUUGAUGUGAAUGUAUUAGUAGUUUAUUAUGCAUAAUGUCAUAACAUAAUUGUUCAGAAUGUUUAAGGGCAUUUUUGUGGAGGAGCCUAGGUGUUGUUUUAAAUGGUGAAUCAGUUAAACUGCUAUUUUAUUCUUCAGCACUUGGUGGCAGCAACACAAAAAAGGGUUCCGCUUCAUAGGCAUAAACACAGAAACAGCUGUGGAGCCUAUUUUGUCCAAAUUCUUUUGGCACCAUAAAAUGGGGGACUUAUAACAUGUAUAUAACAUGCAAUAUUCUAAAAGACUGAUGAGAAUACCCUCAAAUUAAAUCUGACAGUCUCCGUUUUAACCCUACAGCCAUUUUUUCAUUUCAAAUCCAAAGGGUUGGGAAACAUUGUCCAAAUACUUUUGGAAUUUCUUGUACAUGUUGUACACCUCUGAUGCUAGAAUAUUAAUAAUAUGGAGAUAUCUAACUUAUAACAUUGGAAUGGAUGCAGAUCUAGAAACAGUAGAAUCAGCAUGGAUUUAAGUAUGAAGUCUCCUAAAAUUGAUAAAAGGUUGUUCUCCUGUCUUGUCACAUUUGCCAAAGCAAGAUGCAUAUUAUUAACAGAAUUACCACAA